AUCUUGAGGAAGAAAUACAUCGUAUCCUCCAAUCCUCUUCUAAAUUGCGUAACUAUAGCAGUGAGCUACGGAAUAAAUUCAUAAAGCAAGAGGAAAAUUUUAAUCAAGAAAGAAAGGGAUGGGACCGGGAGAGAAAUAAGUGGGGUCAGAAACUAGGAGAUGCUAAUACUGAGAUUCAGAAAUUACGUACUCAUGAUCUCGAUCUCAAUGAUAAAGCUAGGCGUUUACGGAUUGAAAACGCUAAUAUAGACAUUUCUCUUGCGAAGUCCAAAGCUGAGAAUGAUAUAAAAUCCAAGAAAAUUAGAUCGCUUGAGUCUAUGAUUAAGAUAUUGGAAGGUAAGUUGUCUUCAACCCAGAAAGAUGUGAUUUCAAUUCAAAACGACUCAUCGAAAAAAGAAACUGAGAUUGCAUCUCUCAAAUACAAAAUAGCUGAAUUAGAAAAUAUAAAGAGUGAAUUGGAAUCGAAGGUCGAUGAACUUGAGUGUCUGAAAUCGGAGGCUAUAUCAAAACCCAUAGUUGGCGGGAAUGACGAGGGGCAAAGCUUUUCCCAUGACUCUUCGAGUCGCCCCUAUGGGCCUGUUUCCAAAAUAAAAAAUACGCUGUGCGAGGAACAAAGUUCCAUAACUAAGCCUGACGAUAUAUCUGCAAUUAAUGAGGAAUCAGUGAUUCGAGGCUAUGCCUCAUCUAGCAAAAAUCUAAGUAAGUAUUUUGUACGCGGAAAAAGUAUGGAUCAAGCUGAAAAAAUCGAUGGUGAGAUUACCGAACUACCAAAAAAUGAUACCGAGAUCAACCCCAAGGUAAGCGAUGAAACUAGCAUUAGCGAAAUUAGUGCUAAACCGCAUAUGUCCUCUUUGAUUAAAUCGAAUGCCCAGAUGAGACCUAGUCUCGAGGCUUUACCUCUUCCUGCUGUGGCAAGCACUUUAAUGUCACCGCUAUCGGCAUAUAUUUUUCUUGCUCUGUUAAUUAUUGCAGUUGUGUGGUUUGUAAGAUGCAGGAAUAUAGGUAGACUCGAAGUGCCAUUGCUUCACAGGCCCGAAGGAGCGACUCUAGGCUCAAAGAGCCAUUUCUUUGAAAUAAAGGGUCAUAAAAAAAGUGAUCGAUUUUGCGGGAUAUGUGGUCAGAUAACCAAGUAUUAG